CCUCGAGACCCUUUUGCCAACAAGAUUGGUGCUUUUGUUUUGAGUCUCUCUCACACUCAGAUUCAUCACCUACCCCCUCUCUCUCUCUCUCUCUAAACAUUCUUCUCUCUCCUCUCGCAUUCUCCGCCGUUGUACUUUUUUUCGAAACAUCUAUAGCGGUUUAGUUUAUCACAAGGUUUUGAAUAAUGGGUCGGAAAGGAAUCAGCAAAAGCAAUCUCUUUGAUGAUAAAAGAGAUGGUUUUUUCUCAAUCUCCAAUCUAGGGUCACAGUGGGGUGAUAUUGGUCUUUCUCAGUCUCAGGAACAAGGUUGUUAUCCCGUUGGUGGUUUAUUUGCAAGCAUGAGUCAAAUGGGAAUGGGGUUUGGUGGAGUUCCACAGCCAAAAUCACCAUCUUCUGAAAACUCAUCUUCUCAACGAAACAAUGGGAUGAAGAUUCCCUGCACUGAGCUGUACGUUAGGUAUGUGCAAUCAGAAGGGAAAGUGAAGAUUCUCGGUGUUCCUGAUGAGGAGGAAGAUGAAAUAGUGGAGGGUGUUGAGAGGAAGAAAAAGGGUGGUGUUAAGAAGUUUAAGGUUAAGGUGAAAAACCCUUCUUUGAGGAAGCUGAUUAGUGGUGCUUUUGCUGGGGCUGUUUCAAGGACUGCUGUUGCGCCUUUGGAGACUAUUAGGACUCAUUUGAUGGUUGGGAGUAGUGGGAAUUCGAGUGGUGAGGUGUUUAAUAAUAUCAUGAAUACUGAUGGAUGGAAAGGGUUGUUUAGGGGGAAUCUUGUUAAUGUUAUAAGAGUUGCACCUAGCAAGGCUAUUGAGCUAUUUGCUUAUGAUACCGUUAACAAGAACCUUUCAUCAAAGCCGGGUGAAAAGCCGAAACUCCCCAUUCCUGCAUCACUGAUAGCAGGCGCAUGUGCUGGAGUUAGUUCAACCAUUUGCACAUAUCCUCUCGAAUUACUCAAGACUAGAUUAACUGUCCAGAGAGAUGUCUACAACGGUCUACUGGACGCGUUUGUGAAAAUAAUUCGAGAGGAAGGUGCUUCCGAACUCUACAGAGGCCUUGCUCCUAGUCUCAUCGGAGUCAUUCCGUAUUCUGCCACCAAUUACUUUGCUUACGACACUUUGAGAAAAGUGUACAAGAAAGUUUUCAAGCAAGAGAAGAUCGGAAACAUUGAGACCCUUUUGAUAGGUUCUGCAGCUGGUGCUAUUUCGAGUAGCGCUACUUUCCCGCUUGAAGUGGCUCGCAAGCAAAUGCAAGUCGGAGCACUGAGUGGAAGACAGGUUUACAAGAACGUGAUUCACGCGCUCGCAUGCAUACUUGAGAAAGAAGGUAUCCAAGGUUUGUAUAGAGGAUUAGGACCGAGCUGCAUGAAGUUGGUUCCAGCAGCGGGAAUCUCUUUCAUGUGCUAUGAAGCAUGCAAGAGGAUAUUGGUAGAGGAAGAAGACGAAGAAUAGAAUGAGUAGUGCUGAUUUAUUAUAAUUCUUUCAAAUUCAGUCAAAUUAUUUUGGAUUUUUGUAGUCUCGGGGUAGCUUUUAAUAAGAAUUCGAGAAUCGAAUAUUAGUUUUGGUUUUUUCUGUUGGUUUAUCUUAUACACGCAACUGCUGAGACUAAUUUUUGAAGGUAACAUAGAUUCAAUGGAAUGCAUGUAAAUUUUACUUGCACUCUGAACAUGUGAAAUUUAUGAGUAUGAGGUCAAAUUUUCAAGUUUUGAUGCAACCUU